UUCUUGUUUCCCUUGUCGUUGUUGAUGUUUGUGCUUGAGCUCUGUUGAGAAGAGAAACUUCGAAACACUACCAAUGACCAUGUCCGAGCAGUUGAAGCAAUUCCUGGCUGUCUUUGACACGCUUGUUGCUGACGUGAUGGACGUCGCCGUCAACCAGUACGAAACCCCCAAGGAAUCCCAGCAAUGGAUGUCAGAGAACCUCAAGUACAACGUUCCCGGCGGCAAGAUGAACCGUGGCUUGAGCGUCGUCUCGACUUAUGAAAUUCUGCUCGGCCGUCCGUUGACCAAGGACGAGCUUUUCAAGGCUCAAGUUUUGGGCUGGAGUGUUGAAUGGCUCCAAGCCUUCUUCCUGGUCGCUGACGACAUGAUGGACCAAUCUCAAACCCGCCGUGGUCAACCGUGCUGGUACAAGAAGCCCGAGGUUUCCAACAUUGCCAUCAACGACUCGUUCGUCAUCGAGGGCAGCAUUUACAUUCUUUUGAAAAAGUACUUCCGCUCGGAGCCCUACUACGUCGACCUGCUCGACCUGCUGCACGAAGUUACCUUCCAAACAGAGCUGGGCCAGAUGCUCGACCUGAUCACUGCCCCCGAGGACCACGUUGACCUCACCCGGUUCACCCUGAGCAAGUACAAGACCAUUGUCAAGUACAAGACUGCCGUGUACUCGUUCUACCUGCCCGUCGCAAUGGCCAUGCACAUGGCUGGCGUCAAAAACCCCGCAGCGUUCGCGGCCGCACACUCCAUUCUCAUGGAGAUGGGCGAGUUUUUCCAGAUCCAAGACGACUACCUCGACUGCUACGGCGACCCAGCGGUCAUUGGCAAGAUUGGCACCGACAUUCAAGACAACAAGUGCUCGUGGCUCGUCAUCCAGGCCCUCGACCUCGCCAACGCCGACCAACGCAAGAUUCUGGAGCAACACUAUGCACGCAAGGACGAGGCAUCCGUCGCCGCCGUGAAGGCUCUGUACAAGGAGCUCGAGCUCCAGCGCGUCUUCACCGAGUACGAGGAGAAGAGCUUUGCCAAGCUCACACAGCUCAUCAACGAGUUGGACACUGCCACUAUUCCCCGGGAAGUGUUUACCGAGUUUGCCAAGAAGAUUUACAAGCGUCAAAAGUAAAAUGGCCUGAUGGUGUUGAUGGUGUUGUUGUUGUUGUUGUUGUUGCUGUUGCAUACGAAAAAACAAGAUAUUGCUCAAAAUAUUGCUCGAAA